GCUAAAUUUAGUUUAAACGACACAAUGGCCAGUCAGUACAAACUUAGCUCUUCACAACGAGAUAGAGUUAAAAAGUUUAAUGCUAUCACUCGAAGUUCUGACAAGGUCGCGAUUGAUUGUCUUCAAAUGAGCAAUUGGAGACUUGAACAGGCUGUAGAUUACUUUUACAGACAGAAUCCUACUCCUACUGGACCAACUGUGAAUGAGGCGAAAAUUGAUCAACUUUUUCAACGUUAUCGGGAUCCUCAAUAUCCUGAUCGAAUACUAUCCACAGGAAUGGAACGAUUUCUUAUUAAUGAUUUACAUAUUGAUCCAGAAAAUUUAAUAACCUUAGUCCUAGCAUGGAAAUUCUCAGCAAAAACUCAAGGAGAAUUCACAAGGGAAGAAUUCUUCCGAGGUUUUCGAGAGUUGGGCUGUGAUUCUAUUGACUCUCUGCGUAAUAAACUUCCAAGUCUGUUAAAGGAAGUGGAAGAUAAACAAGCCUUUCGUUCGCUGUAUCUAUUCACCUUUGGUUUCGCUAAUUUAGAUAAACAUGAAAGUAAAUCACUGGUUCUUCAGUACGCUAUUCCCUACUGGGAGAUUCUUUUACGUGAUCGAUUUUGUCACUUACAAUUAUGGUUUAAAUUCCUUCAAGAACACCAUAAACGUCCAAUAUCCAAAGAUACUUGGGAUCUACUCCUAGACUUUGUUGAAACAAUCUAUCCAAAUAUGUCGAAUUAUGAUGAAGAAGGUGCCUGGCCAGUAUUGAUUGAUGAAUUUGUCGAAUGGGCAAAACCACAAGUUCAAACAAGUACGCAAACAGCUACCAAGCCCUCGUGAUCUGUGUUCAUAUGACUUCAAAUUGAUAUAUACAUCUAUAUAUAUACUUAUUCUUCUUUUUUGUGAAAUGUGCAGCUAUUUUAAUUUCACAGCAUAUUUUUUAAUUAGAAUACUUGUAAAGUCCUUGUUUAUUAUCCUAUCUUUCUCUUCCUUAAGUUGCCUUUAUUUGUGCCAGGUUUUACUCCCUUUUAUGUGAACCUAACUGACCAUUCAAUCAUUAGGUGGGGAAAUAAAUAGCUCACUUUCUUUUUUUAAAGUGUGUGUGUGAUCUAUUCUUGUCUGUUUUACAAUUUUCCUCAUGACCAUCAAAAUCUUUCAGUGUUAUUAUUCAAUACCGGUGAAUUUUAAACAAAUUCACAGUAGAAUAUUCAUUCUUUCAGUGUAACUCAAUCAUAGGUCAACAUCGCGUUCCAAUUGUUUACUUCCCUUAUGCUGUUAAGGAUCUUAAACCAAUUAACGUGUCGUUGCUCCUUUCUCAAAAGUUAACUUACACUUGGUGACUAGCAGUGAUAAUAAUAUUAACAAUAAACAUAUUCUGUAAGUUACUUUCUCUUACGAGUCAUCCCACCCCUCCCCAAAGGUGCGCACACACACAAACACCAGAUAUACUGACUUUGUAUCUAGUAUUUUUAACACUUCAUAAUAGUGUGUACAUUGGAAAUGCACGUAGCUGACAGUCAUUUGGUAUCUCACAAGCUGUAGUUUGUUUGUUUGCAAGACUACAACACAGUCAAUCCCAUCUGGUACAAAAUUCCACUAUCACUAGCAGUGGCACUUCUUCCCCAGUUUAUCUUGCUACAGUUCUUACUAUCGGUAUAUUAUUGUACUUAAUCUUGUUCUGUAGGUAGUAGUUUAAUAUUGCCUGUGAAUGUGUAUUACACAACUGUAUUCAAUUUUGUUGCCAUGUGUAUCUCUUUUUCCCCAUUAUUUUGUUUGUAUCCUAGUAGGAAGAAAAUGUGACAUUUCAAUUUACUCACUUUACCCUUUUUUCCUGUAUUAUGGUAAUGAAUAAAUGUCAUAAUAUAAUUUGUGGUCAC